GUGGGAGGCAUUUCAGGUGCUGCUGCCGCUGGGCCGCGGCCACCCUCGUCUCCCCUGCUUUGGCGGCGCGAUGGGAGUGGGGCCGGCGGGCCUGUACCUUGGCCUGUGCUGGGCGCUGGCUGCCCGGGCGAGCGGCGCGACGGAGCCGCGGCUGCAGCGGGGCAUGCCAAAUGUCUGUCCAGCGUUUGAGUUGGCGUUGGUAGGACACUCACAGCCAUGUGUCCAAGCCUUUAGUCGAAUGGUGAAGAUGUGGAAACAAGGUUGCGCAAGGAGAAGGUGGUGUACUGGCUAUGAGAGAAGGUCUGGGUACUACACAAUUUACAAGCAGGUGUACAGAUUGGAGCGUCAAACUGUCUAUAAGUGCUGCCCUGGAUGGGUCCAACAUGAGAGUGAACCUGGCUGUUUGCACUUGCUGUGCACUGUUGGCACUUGUUUCAAUGGAGGGAAGUGUUUGGAAGCAGGAUCCCAGGUUUGCCAGUGCCCUGCAGGAUUUCAGGGUCCUCGCUGCCAGUAUGAUGUAAAUGAGUGCAGCAUGGAGAAUGGUGGCUGUCAUGGCCAGUGCUGUAAUACUGUCGGCAGCUACCACUGUAAAUGUCCAGCUGGCCAGAAACUGGAGGAAGAUGGAAAAUCAUGCAGAGAUGUGGAUGAGUGCGCGGUGGUGAAUGGUGGCUGCCAGCAAGGCUGUGUCAACACACAUGGCUCCUUCCACUGCCAGUGCUGGGCAGGAUAUAGGCUCCAUGCUGAUGGGCGCACUUGCAUAGCCAUCAAUUCCUGCAGUGUUAACAAGGGGGGCUGUGAGCAGGAUUGUGUUCAGCUCAGUGAAGACCACUAUAAGUGCCAGUGCCAGCCAGGCUACCAGCUAAAGAAGGAUGCCAGAUCCUGUGAAGUGAUAGACCUCUGCACAACUGGGAAUGGAGGAUGCUCACAAAUCUGUCAAAAUGAGAGAGGAACUGCAAAGUGCGAGUGUCAUGCAGGGUAUUAUCUUUCUGCAGACAAAACGUCCUGUUUAGACAUUGAUGAGUGUGCAGAAGGAAGAGCCAGGUGUGCUCAUCGUUGUGUGAACAGUCUGGGAUCCUUCACCUGUGUCUGUAAUCCAGGCUUCGAGCUGGGGGCUGAUGGAAAGCAGUGCUACCGCAUCGAAAUGGAAAUUGUCGAUAGCUGCCAGGAAAACAACGGUGGCUGCUCUCACCACUGCGAACACACGACUGAGGGGCCACGCUGCUCCUGUGACGAUGGCUAUCACCUCGAUUUUGAUGGCAAAACAUGUGCAGAGCUGGACGAGUGCAAGACCGGAGAGUCUUGCUGCUCCCAAUUCUGCAUCAACUAUGCAGGUGGCUAUGAGUGUGCCUGCAAAGCGGGGUUCCAGCCAAAUGCCGAUGGCUGUGCCUGCGACGAUGUGGAUGAAUGUCAUCUUAAUAAUGGCAACUGUGACCAUUUCUGUGUUAAUCUUCUGGGGUCAUAUGAAUGUGCAUGUAAGGAGGGUUACAGGCUUGGUGUUAACAGAUUGUCCUGCAUUGCCCUAGGUGGGGAGGACGUGGAUGCAGAGGAAGCAGUGGGGUUUGCCGGGGCUCCAGGGCUGCAGUUCAGAGAUCCCCCACAGCUCCUUCACUACACCCUUGGUGCCCUCUAUGAGGAUGAAGAUCCACGAGAAGAGCUCACCCUGGUGCACAGGGUUGUUUGCCUUGAUAACGCGUUCGGCAAUGACUGUAGCUUGAGCUGUGAGGAUUGUCUGAACGGAGGCAGAUGUAACAGUGAACACAGUGGCUGUGUUUGCUCACCUGGGUGGACUGGCAUUAUCUGUAAUGAAACUUGCUCCCCAGGGACAUAUGGCAGAGGCUGUGCCAGCAUUUGCAAGUGCCAGAACGGAGGCUCGUGUGACCCUGUCACAGGGCAGUGCCGCUGCCCACCCGGUGUGCACGGCAAGCUCUGUGAAGAUGGUUGCCCGAAAGGCUUCUUUGGGAAGAACUGUAAUAAACCAUGCAACUGCGCCAACAACGGCUAUUGCCACAGACUCUAUGGAGCCUGCCUAUGUGACCCAGGGCUUUAUGGGCGCUUCUGCCAUCUUACCUGUCCCAGGUGGGCCUUUGGAGCUGGCUGCUCAGAGGAGUGUCAGUGCGUGAAAGAGUACACGCUGGAAUGCAACGCAAGGAAUGGGGCUUGCACCUGCAAGCCUGGUUAUCAUGGCAAAAAAUGUCAGAAAGAGUGCAUGCCUGGAUUUUAUGGGGCUGGUUGCAAACUGAGGUGUAACUGUCCUACUGAUGUUUUGUGUGAUCAUGAGACAGGAGUCUGCCAACAUCCAUGUCCACCUGGGUUUCAUGGAGAAAAAUGCCAUUUAUCCUGUCAGCCUGGGAGUUUUGGUGUGAGCUGCAAGCAGAGGUGCAUCUGUGGAGAAGCGCCAUGCAAUCCGAAGACAGGACAGUGUAUUUGCCCAGCUGGGAAGACUGGUGCUACAUGUGAGCAAGAUUGCCCAGCUGGUCAGUGGGGACCAGACUGCCAGUACUCCUGUGAGCCCUGUGCCAACGGGGGACAAUGCAACACAGAGACUGGAGCCUGCGAUUGUCCUCCAGGCUACAGUGGGGCAUCCUGUUCCACAUCCUGCCCCGAUGGUUAUUAUGGACAAAAUUGCCUGCUGUUAUGCAGCUGUAGUGGCAGUGCUCAAUGUCACCAUGUCACCGGAGAGUGCACAUGUUCCCCUGGCUGGACUGGCCAUGACUGCAAACACCCCUGCAAUAGUGGCCGUUGGGGACAGCGCUGUGAAAACACGUGUGUCUGCAAUAACAGCGAUGGUAGCUGUGAUCCAGUCACUGGCUCCUGCUUCUGUGAGCCAGGAUUCACUGGGAAACACUGUGAAUGGAGAUGCCCUGAGGGAAGCUUUGGCCCGAGCUGUGAGCACAGCUGUCAGUGCCAGAACGGAGCUGCCUGCGACCACGUGAGCGGAGCCUGUACUUGCACAGCAGGCUGGACAGGAACCUUUUGUGAAAAAGCUUGUCCAGAUGGAUUCUUUGGGCUUGACUGCCACCAGGUGUGCAAGUGCAAGAAUGCCGCUGGCUGCGACCGUGUCCUGGGAACAUGCCGCUGCCUCCCUGGCUGGCUGGGAGAGACCUGCGAGCAGUCCUGCCAGGGGGACAGCUAUGGGCUAGGCUGCAGCCACAUAUGUCAGUGUCACAACGGAGCGUUCUGUCAUCAUGUAACUGGGACGUGGCUUUGUAGCCCAGGGUGGAAAGGGGCCACCUGCCAAGAAGCCUGUCCCACUGGAUGGUAUGGUGCAAACUGUCUCCAGCGCUGCAUCUGCCACAGCCAGGCGACAUGUGACCAUGUAACGGGCAAGUGCCAGUGUCCCCCGGGUUGGAAGGGGAUAGCAUGUGAGCUGGAGUGUGGGGACAGGAGGUAUGGAGAGGGAUGCGAGCAGAACUGUACCUGCCACCAUGGGGUUUGUGAACAGCACUCAGGAAAAUGCAUCUGCCAUGCUGGCUGGACUGGGGACCACUGUGAUGUUGUCUGCCCCGUGGGAUUUUUUGGCAAAUGGUGUGAGGAGCAAUGUGACUGCAUACACGGCUUGUCCUGCCACCAUCAAACUGGAGCAUGUCACUGUGAAAAGGGAUGGAGAGGGAGGCACUGUGACAGACCUUGCUUGCCUGGCCGCUAUGGUGUGGGCUGUGCCCAGAGGUGCCGGUGUCCCAUAGGUACACCCUGCCAUCACCUGACGGGUGAGUGUGGAUGUCCUCCAGGAUUCACUGGCUACAGUUGUGAGAAAACUUGUCCACCAGGCACGUAUGGCAAGAACUGUAACCAAGUAUGUCAGUGCUCUGCUGAGAAUGAGGAAUGUCACCCAGUGACCGGCAACUGCAUGUGCCGCCUGGGGUACUACGGGGCACGCUGCAACAUCCGGUGUCCAAAAGGUACUUAUGGUUCAAACUGCCAAAACCUCUGUAAAUGUAUGAAUGGAGGCCAUUGCGACCCCGCAUCAGGAACUUGUGAUUGCACGCCUGGUUUUAUUGGAGCCGACUGUAGUAAAACUUGCCCUGAAAAUCGAUAUGGGAAGGACUGCACCCUGUUCUGUGCAUGUGGUAAAGGUCAGUGUGACCCGCGCACUGGCAAGUGUACCUGUCCUCCCGGCCAAAUGGGACCCAGCUGUCAGCAAGUGUGUCCCCAGGGACAAUAUGGCCCAAACUGCCUCCUGACGUGUACCUGUCAGAAUGGUGGUAUCUGUGACCAUGUGGAUGGCAACUGCACUUGUGGGCUCGGCUGGACAGGAAAAUCGUGUGAGAAAGCAGAAUGUCUGCCAGGGAAGUAUGGGUCUGGCUGUGUCUUAGACUGCUCAUGCCAGCACAACAGCACCUGCGACAGAUUCACAGGCUGCUGCCAAUGCCCUGAGGGUUACUACGGCCACUCAUGUGAGCACAGGUGCCCCCUUGGAUUUUAUGGGCUAAGCUGUCUUCACACAUGUGCCUGUAAAAAUGGAGCACGCUGUGAUGCAGUGACAGGACAAUGCACUUGUCCUUUGGGUUAUCAAGGUGUACACUGUGAAAAAGGCUGUGACAGGGGCUGGUUUGGAGAGAGGUGCCAGCAUCAGUGCGAUUGCGGAGAUGUUCCUUGUGAUCCAGAGACUGGGAAGUGCCUCUGCCCACCUGGGAAGACUGGAGAAAAAUGUGACAUUGAAUGCAGGUCAGACCAGUAUGGCCCCAACUGCUCCCUACAAUGCCAGUGUGCCAACAAAUCCCAGUGCAAUCCGUACAAUGGGAACUGCGUAUGUCCAGCAACGUGGAUGGGACCAACCUGCAAAGAAGGUGGCCCUCUGAAGCUUCCUUUUUAUGAAGAACAAACUCAAGAAAGAGGGAAUAUUUUUCCAAGAGCUCUACAACAGUAACAUUUGGACUAAUAAAUGAGCUGUUUUAUAUGCACA